AUGGCCACAAAACCCUUGAAAGAUGUUGUCGCCGUUGGAAAGAAAUAUACCCAACAGAGCACAGGCAUCUGGGAAACGAUACGCAGAUUCUUUGCAGUUGACCCGAAUCGGAGCAAUGGUGUUCCCGUCAAACACUUUCGAAACCCGCCGCCCGGAGGCCUCGAUCCUACAUCGUACGAUGAAGCUGUGACAACGCCAGCUGCUGAUAUCGCAGACAACCCAUAUUGGAGAAGAGACGUCCGAAGAGCAUAUCCUAAAUUGAGCACAGUCACACAGAGAGACGCCGUCGGUCUUUUAACGGUAGGAAGUGCCGCCAACCCAAGUCCCAAGUUAUUGGCCGGAGAAGAGGGACAAAAGCAACUUGUUGCUGUCAAGCAGGAGGGCGAGAAAGGGCUUGCUGCGUAUUUCGAAUCGGAAAAGGGAGCAGCGGUCCUGGGAGAGAAUGGAUUACCACCGAACCCAGCCGCCUUUGGCAGGAAAUCCGCCGUGAAAUAUGAGCUUGGUCCCCAAAGUUAUGAAGAAAAAUAUCCUUGCCGGACCUUUGUCUAA